ACAGGUAGAAGUGGUGGACAGGGUCAUAAAAUCACAAACAAAACAUCCAAAGUCAUGUGGACGUUUUGAACAUGCGACUCAAGACUCAAGAAGAGAUCACAAAUCCACAUCAACUGUGCCAUUUGGGACUUGGUCUAACGUUAAUGUAUCACUUCAAAAGUAAAAUUAUAUCCCACUCUGUUGCCCACUCAUUUAGGAGGGAAACAGGGUAAUUUUAUAUUUAGGGAGAAAAGAAAUCUCUCAACAAUAGACAUGGAUGAAUCAAUGCAAUCUUGAAGAAAAUAUUUUUUUUGUAUGUUUGCGAAUUCUAAGAUCAAUACAGCAUGGUUAAAACAACGGCACAAACUGGACUACACUUCAACACGCUACACGCAUGCUCACUCAGCUGAGACACAAAGACAGAAGCAGAUGUCGAUUUUUCCUGCAUGACUUUACUACAGACCACAACGCUCUCAGAUAAUCUUUUUAAACUCCCAUUUCAAACCCCAGAGCUGCCGGAAGAAAAUGUUUAAAGAAAAUUCUCUUGUUUUUUUCUGUCUGUGCUUUUGUCAUCUGGUUGGUGUGUUUGGUGUUACUGAUGAAGUGAAGUCAGUGUCAGUGAAGGAGGGAGAUUCUGUCACUCUACAGAUUAAUGUUACUGAAACACUGACUGGUGAUAAGAUUGAGUGGAAAUUUGGAACUGACAGGAAUCUUAUAGCUAGAAUUAAGGGAAAGACCAGUAAGAUAUUUGAUGGUCCUGAUGAGAGAUUCAGAGACAGACUGAAGCUGGACAAUCAGACUGGAUCUCUGAUCAUCACAAACACCAGAACCACAGACUCUGGACUUUAUGAAGUACAGAUCAGCAGCAGCAGCAGCAGAUCAGAGGAUAAACACAGAUUCAGUGUUACUGUCUCUGCUGCUACAACACCAGCUCCGCCAUCAACUCCUACUUCACAUCCUCCUUCACAUCCUCCUUCACAUCCUACUUUACAUCGUAGUCCAGGUAAUCAUUCAGGUUCUCCUGCAGAUCCUCCUUCAGAUUCUCCAGACUUUCUGACAGUGCUGAUCUCUGCUGUUGUUGCUGGAUCUCUGUUGCUUCUUGUUGCUGUCGGGAUCUUCUGCAUCUGCAGGAAACAAAGAAAAACUGAUCAACAUGCUGAGACCUGUGAGGAAGCGAUCACUUACGCUGAUCCAACAUUCUACAAAAGAAACGCACAGAAAUCGAGUGCUAAACAGGAGGAUGAUGUGGUGUACGCUAGUGUCAUCCACAGACGUUAAUUAAAUUCUCAUUAAUUUAAUGUUUCCUCAUUAAUGAUGUUCUGAUCACAGUCAGUACACAUGCACACUUGGCGAUUAUUGCAACAAAGUAUAAAAUUAAAGAAUGGUGUUCAUUCUUACUUGCACUGUGUUAGCAGCAGCUUAUGUGUUCAUGCAAACAUGGAAGAAGCUCCUUGUUUUUUUGUUUUUUUUUGAAGAGUGCACAUGUGAAACACAUGUGAGACUUGUUUUUAAGACACUGUAUAGAGGCUACACUGUUAAAAAUUGUCCUGUUAAAAAACAGUAAAUAACUGGCAGCUUGGUUGCCAGCAAGGAACUGUAAAAUUAACUGUGUCUUACUGUUGGUGAAAUUUACAGUUGACUACUGUUUUCGCAAAUACUUUUUUUGCUCUUCUUCACAACUAAACAAACAAUGUGUAAACUACAAUACAAAUAUACUAUGCCAUUGUGUACGCUAUUGAAUAAUGGCCUGCUAGUAAAAAGGACAACAUUUUCUUCUUUUUUAACAUAUAUUUGUACCCUUUGAAAUAGUGACUUGAAAUGUAACACAAGUAA